AACAGGGGGACGUGCUGGGGGGACGUACACAGAACACUCGGCAGGAGCCCACCGGAGGGCAGGGUCAGGAGCCACGCCAGCCCCUGGGGGAGAGGCACCCCGGGCAGGACGCCGAGGUUUGGAGAGCCAGGCUGGGAGAAGGGAAGCUGGGCUGGCCUGGCUGCGGAGGACAGAAGACGGGGUGGCCGGCCCACCCCCCCUGCCCUCACCCAGCCCCCACCCCUGCCCAUGGAGGCUGACUCAGCCCAUUCGUGGGCCCAGAACCAUCCCUGUGCUAGACCCCGGGGCCUUUGUCCCCAUAGUCAUGAGGUCUGAGGGGGUGGGGACGCCGCUGAUAAAAGGCCCCGCGAGACAGCUCUGUGCGCCUCAGAGCUGCGGCCCAUAUGCAGCCCCGGACACAGCCCCUCGCCCAGGCCCUGCCUUUCUCCUUCAGAAGGGCCCUGUGGGGCACUGGGUUCCAGGUGCCGGUCAUGAAGACGGGCACAGGAUGGGAGGGCCUGCAGCAGACCCUGAAGGAAGUUGCCUACAUCCUCCUCUGCUGCUGGUGCAUCAAGGAACUGCUGGAUUGAUGCCCCCGGGACCGCCCCCGCCCCGCCCGCCCCUGCACCGCUCAGCGCCGGGCCCAGCCCCCAUCGAGCACCACC